GCAGGACGACUCGGCAGCCGCCGUGCCUGGCUUCGCCUCGUCCUCCUCGCACUCUCCGGCUGCCGCCGCCGCGGAGCGAAGAAGAAGAAAAAGAAGAAGAAGGGGAGCCGGCCCAGCCCCGCCGUCCGGCCCUUCCGCUCGGCUGGGGCUGCCUUCCCCCCCCACCGCCUCAAGACGCCGCUGGUCCCUCGGAGGGGGCCCGCCCCGGGAGCAGGCGGUGCCCCUGACUGAAGCGGACGCGCGGAGCGGCUGUCAUGAUCUCUGCGGCACCUCUCUACAGCGGGGUGCAUAACUGGACGGGCGCAGAGCGGCUUCAUACGAGCAGCCUCGACGAAGAAAGGAGAGCCCCACUUUCUGAUGAAGAAUCUGACACCAGCAGUUCCCAGCACCUGGGCUCGACUGAGUUCUGCAACAGCUUUUCCAAGGUGGAGAUCACAGCGGUUUCGGGAAGCGGUGGGGGCGCCGAAGGGUUUGAACCGGAGGGCACCGUGGAGACAGAAGCCGGCCCUCGACUCCGGGAGCAGGCCCACGAGCCAGACAGUGCCCAGAAGGCCUUGAAGGACAGCGAUGCCAAGCCUGGCAAGCUUCAAGAGCCAGAAUUGCCCCAGCUGGACAACAAUAGCAGCCGCAGCCUGUGCUGCCUCUUUCCUUCUGCUGCAGACACGGCGGAGGUGACCCCGCUUUGCCCCAAGGCUCUGGAGAGCGAGCAGAUGGGCAAAGAAAAGGGACUCCCCACGCCCGCCGCCUCUGUCAACCCCAUCUCCGCUGCCAGCAGCAGCAGCUGCAAUACGGUGGCGCCGGCUCCUGCCACCUACACCCUGAAGAGCGUCUGUUUCUCUGCUUCUCAGGCCCCCCCUAUGCAAAAAAUGUCCCUUUCCCUGCCUCCCGGAGCCACCGUCCUGGCCCCCAGCCAGCCACUGGUUUACCUCCCUCCUCUUUCCAACCCGCUGGGGGUCUCACCUGCCCUGGCCGUCCCGGUGUCAUCCUUCCAACAAGACCCUUGCCUGCCCGGUCUCCACCCCUAUCCCUACGCUUUCUCUGUGGGCCGGCCCUUGGCUCCCGAGCCCAAAGCAGCCUGUGUCGAGGCGGCUCCGUUAAGCUGCCCUCCUCCGCCUCCCAGAGAAAAUGGCAGCGCCCCUGCGACGCCGGGCUCCGGCCCUCCUGCCAACGGCCCAGAACUGGCCUCCGGCACCCCUGCCUUGGCAGCCUCCUGCGCCGGGGCCGUCCCGCUCUCAGGUCCCGCCACCGUGCUGCCCCGUGUCCCCGAGCGGCUGGCUGCGGGGGUCCUGGCGUCCCUCUCCCCGCUGAAGUCCCCUCCGCAGCUGGAGCGCGAGAUGGUCUCCCCGCCGGAAUGCAGCGAGAUGCAGCCUCUGGAUCUGUCCUCCAAGUCCAACCGGCAGAAGCUGCCUCCGCCGAGCCAGCGCAAGACGCCCCCCAUGCCCGUGUUGACCCCGGUGCACCCCAGCGGCAAAGCUCUGCUGACGCCGGUCUCCUCCAAGGCCCAGCGAGUGGCCCAGGCCGCCGCCUCGCCCUUCGUCAUCUUCCCGGAGCUCCUGCGCAACGGCGAGCAAAGCGCCUGGGUGAAAAACCCCACGGCUUUCAUCGGCACCAUUCCAGGCACCUACAUGGGGGUGGCCAACCCCGUGCCGGCCUCGGUCUUGUUGAGCAAGGAUUCCGGGACCGACUUAAGCAGCAGGGACUCCCGCCACCUUCCAAAGCAGGAGCCCAUCUGCAUUAUCGACCAAGGGGAACCCCGGAGUGCCGGGCUGCCGUCCGGGAAAAAACCCGUGGCUGAGGGACAAGUGGACUCCACUAGGCGCACCCCGGCUCCUCCGUUACGCCCUUCCAAGGACCUGUCCCUCUGGAAUCCCAGCCAAGCCAACCUUUACUCUCGGUGUUUGCUCAACGGGAAGCCGGCCAGCCCCCAACUCCUGCCCAUCGGGUGGUCCCAUUACCAUCCGGGCACCUUGCUUUCCAUCGGCAUCUCGGCGACGGCACAGCUGUCCCCCAAUCCGGUCGGGCCCUCUAAGACACCCGGCCCCAGCGAACCAGCUGUGUUCCCUGCUGGGCAGCUGGCGGAAGCUACCCCAGCGGUCCAGAAGCCCCCCGAAGCCCCCUCCCAGGGCAAAGGCUGUAAGGCUGCCCUGCCCAGCACUGAGAGCCCUUUGUGCGUCUCGCCGGCUCUCCAGGCCAGCCCGCCCGAGGCGAAGGGCUCAAGGGGUCUCGAGCGACAAGAGAUGGACUCGGCCGCUGAGAACGCUCUUCUGCCUCCGCCCGAAACUGCCCCGGAGGGCUGCGCCCACAAGCACUUGGGGGACCCCAAAGCUAAGAGCCCCUUCGUGACUGCCCACCUGCCCCACGGCCUGCCCGUAGCCGCCCAGGCAAGCCUCCGGGUCACCGCCGAGUCGGCUUCCCCGGCCGAGAAACAGGGCCGGGAGUGGCGAGGGGACACUUCCCGCAACCCGCCGAAGGCUGAGGUGCCCCCCUGCCCCGUGCACCAGGUGGACCUCAGCCGGAUCAAGAAGGAGCGGUUGGAGCCCGAGCCCCCCUUUGCCUCGGCCACCUGCCUGAAUGCGGGGGCCACCGUGCGGGACCCUCCGAAAGCCAAGCUGAAGGGGGUGGCCCACAUCAAAGUCGAGGGGGGCUUCCCAUGCAAAUCCAAGCGGCACCACGAGGGGCCCGAUCGGCCGGCCCAGAAGAAGCCGAAGUCACGCGGGGGAGAAGAACUGGCGGCCGCCUGCAAGACAAGCAGCCAGAAUCAGCACAGCCGGAAGUGGCGGAAGCACCACAGCAACCUCCAUGAGAUCACGGGUGACGGCCGGCUGGGCUGCGUAAAGGAGCGGGGGAACCUGCGUGUCAAGCGCAAAUGCCGGAAGUUGUCCCGGGGCCACAGCUGCGAGGAAGCUUACGUGGAGAAGAAAGCCAAGAACAAUUUUAGAGACUUCAUUCCCAUCGUUCUCAGCAGCCGGACACGCAGCCAGUCAGGGACCACAGGGGUCUCUUCCAGCAUGUUAGGAGAAUGUGACGGAGCCGGGCAGGAAACGGUGCCGCUGUUAGAGGAGGCGAACGAAGCCCAGGAACUGUCCCCGAAGCAUCACCGGCUACGCAAGUCCCACCGCCUCUCGCCUCACUCCGGCUGCAAGGAGCGUUCUCGGUCGGAAAGGGGCCUCUUCCACCACCCCAUUAAGAAUCAGGGACUUCUUUGGCAAGGAGAGGCCAACCGGCCUCCGUGGAGCCGCAAGGAAGCCGACGAGGAGACCAGCCACGUCAAGAGGAAGAAAAGGAGGCGGCAGAAAAGCUGGAAGUACCAAAGCGGAGAAUAUCUGAUCGAAAGGGACAAAGGGGAACACUUGAGCUGCUGCCGCCAUAAGCGGAGGAAAUCCAAAGCAGACUUCCGGUACAGAAAGCACAAAAGCUCCGCUCUGGGCAAAGGCUCCGAGCUCUGCCUGAGGAGCCGGCUCUCUCCAUCCCUCCAAGGCCACCUGGACUUCCAGAAUGGGUUCCUCCUGGAUCACUCCGGCAUGGCUCCAAUUCAAGAAGGGCUGGAGAAACCUUCCGGGAAACGCAAAUGCAAAACCAAACACCUGUCGGGCAUCUGCGAAGAGGGGAAGGCCAAAUCCCGCUCUCCAAAGAAGUCCCGGGAGCCCAGCCCCUUUGGCAAAGUCCGGCAGCACAGCCUGGAAAGGACGCCCGAGACCUCCGCAAGUCCAGCCGUGCCCCCCGAAGCUCGACGUCUGAUUGUGAACAAGAACGCCGGGGAAACGUUGCUGCAGAGAGCGGCCCGGCUUGGGUAUAAGGACGUGGUGAUGUACUGCCUGCAGAAGCCAAACAACGACGUCAACCACCGAGACAACGCCGGGUACACGGCUCUGCACGAGGCCUGCGCCCGGGGCUGGGUCGACAUCCUGCAGACGCUGCUGGAACAUGGGGCCAACGUGAAUUGCAGUGCACAAGAAGGCACCAGGCCUGUACACGAUGCAGUCGCAAACGACAACCUGAAGAUUUUGUGGUUGCUCCUCUCCUACGGUGCUGACCCAACCCUGGCUACCUAUUCGGGGCAGACGGCCUUGAAGCUAGCCAACAGCGAUGUGAUGAAGAACUACCUGACUGAUCACCUCUUGGACCUGCAGGGACGACCUGACGGGGAUCCCCAAACUGCCUGGGAUUUUUACAGCAGCUCAGUACUAGGUGAGUAG